AUGUCAGGACGUGUUCCGGUUCUUCUUCUGCUCACCUGCCUGCUCGGAUUCUACACCAACACCGUGGCCGCCGACUGCUACCAGUGCGCCGAGGGACUAUCCUCCGGAGAGGCCGCUGUGCUCACCGACUAUACCGCUGGCAUCACAGACCCCAAGCCCUGCGCCUCCAUCACCGAGGGGACGACGCCGACGUGCCCGGGCAAUAAGUGCAUCCACAUGGUUGUUGACGCGCAGCCAACGGUGCACCUUCGGAACUGUGCCACGCCAAAAGCCUUGGAGAAAUGGGAGACUGGAGCGGGGAAGAAAGGAGCCGCCUGGGCUCAAGCCUGCGAGGGUGAUCGCUGCAACAAGCUGUCGGUUGACGAGCUGAAGAAGAUUGCCGUCGAGAUGAAGGCCGAGGACGCCAAGGACGACAAGGACGCCAAGAAGUCGAGUGGCUCGUCCACCUCCGCCAUGUUCCCCGUCAUCGCCUUCCUCGUCGCCAAUAUGCCAGCUUUCUUC